AUGACCGCAACCGCCGUCGCAGGCCCGGACCACGACAAGGCCACCGUCGGGCACAAGGCCCCCGACUUCACCCUCACCGAUUUCAGCGGCAACACCCACACCCUGAGCGACUACAUCGAGGACGAGAAGGUCGUCGUGCUCGAGUGGUUCAACCCCACCUGCCCCUACGUCAAGCUCCACCACGAGAAGCAGUCCACCAUGGCCGAUCUCUCCGCCAAGUACGGCAAGGAGAACAUCGUCUGGCUCGCCAUCAACUCGAGCAACACCGAGAACCCCGGCUACACCCAGUGCGCCGAUUUCAUCGAAGAGUGGAACCUCGCCUACCCCGUCCUCGAUGACUCCGACGGCAAGGUCGGCAAGAUGUACGGCGCCCGCACCACCCCGCACAUGUUCAUCAUCGACGCCGAGGGUGUCCUCGUCUACAACGGCGCGAUCGACAACGACUCCCGCGGCAACAAGUCCGGCAACGACAAGGUCAACUACGUCGCCAACGCCCUGGACGAGCUCAUCGCCGGCAACGCCAUCAGCAUGGCCGAGACCAAGCCCUACGGCUGCUCCGUCAAGUACGCCCGCUGA